AUGCGGGUGAUAACAAUGGUUAUGCUGUCGGUAACAUCGUUUUUUGGUAUUGAUGGUGACGAUUCGAUUCCGGACCUCAAAAGUAAAAACCUUUCUCAAGCAGUUAAAGACUGGGCUGCCGUACUUGGUGAAGAAUUACAGUUUUUAUUCGAUGAAACGGUCAAUGAGUCUCAGAUCAAAGAGAUGUACAGAAACGCUGCAGAGGUUGAAUUUGAUCCGGAGAUACAGUUGGCGAAAGCAAAAAAAGCUAUUGAGAAUUACUUAAAUGUACGGGCCAAUGCUGCUUGGGUGGCAAAAAAAUCACUUGAAGAACGGACACUACAAAAUGGAACCGAUGAAUACAACGAUCGGAUGUCACCGAAGUUUAUUCGAUAUAUGUCAGCAAAAACACUGAACAACGAAGUUCAACUGCCGGCAACGGUUGUUGGAGAAAGUACUGUGAUCAAUUCUACCGAAGAACUGUUGCUAACACCAAAUGCAAAUUUUUAUCAUAUUCCAACCAGUCUUAAAUCAUCGGUAGUUCAAAUUCCAACACCUGUCUAUGAACGAAAUACCAGUGUCUUGGCAGAAAUUGCUUGGUCUGAAAUUGACAAUGUUUAUCGACAAAAUAAGGAAAAGACCAAAGAUUUAGCAUUUCAAAUGUUCUGUUCAUCUAGUGGUUUUAUGCGCUUUUAUCCAGCAAUAGCAUGGAGUUGGGAUAAUUCCGAAGUAAAAUUGGAUUUAUUUGAUUGCCGAAGUGCAGAAUGGUACAUAAAUAGUGCUACAAUGUCAAAAAAUGUUGUCAUAAUGUUGGAUGUAUCUGGUUCAAUGUUCGGACAACGAUAUGAAAUUGCUAAACAGACAAUUGAAGCAAUACUGGAAACUCUGUCAGAUAACGAUUUCUUUAAUGUUAUGAAAUUUUCCAAAGAACCUGUAUUUUUGGGCACUUGUGGCAACGAAACAAAACCGCUGCAAGCUACUGUACGAAAUAAAAAGCUUGUUUUGGGCAAAUUAACCGGAACAACUUCGGAAGGAAAAGCCGAAUUUGAAAAAGCUCUUCUGGAAGCAUUUACAGCUGUUCAAAAUCUUAAUGAGACCGCUCGACCGGCUACACAACGCGAGAUACUGGAACGACGGAUACAUGGUGAUGCACCUGGUAUGCGUUAUUUCGAGCAUGGAGCUCACGUCCUGGUCAUGUCAGAUUACUUAUUUGAAGCUAUUGAAAAAUACAAGGAAGAAGGAAUGCAUUUGGGCUGUAAUGAUGUAAUAAUGCUAAUAACUGAUGGAGCACCAAGUAAUUAUGAGCAUAUUUUUGCCAAGUACAAUAGUAAUAAACGGAUUCGAUUUUUUUCAUUUUUGAUUGGCGAAGAAGCAACACAAUUUGAUCAGGUGCGUUGGAUGGCCUGUCACAACAAUGGUUUUAUGGUUCAUAUCAACAAUCUGGCAGAUGUUCAGGAGAAGGUUCAGUAUUAUAUCAAAGUAAUGUCACGUCCAGUUGGUAAAUAUGCAGCAAAAAUUAAGCAAAAUGAAGGUGUAUGGAGUGCAGUGUACCAAGAAAGAUUGACGGAAAUGUUUGCGAUUACUUUGGGUUAUCCGGUAGCUGUUAACGGUGUUCUGAAGGGUGUUGCAGCAGUUAAUGUUCCAGUGAAUGAGUUACAACAGUUGGCCAAUGUUUUCAAUCCCGGUGUUCAAAGUUAUAUGUUUAUGUUGAACAACAAUGGUUAUGCAAUUUUUCACCCACAGCUUCGUCCAAUAAAUCUUGAAACACGUAAAACAAAGUCAAACUAUAAUAACAUUGAUAUUAUCGAACUGGAAGUUCCACAGAAGCAAAGAUUACACGAAAAUGGCACAUCGGUAAAAUGGCGUUUGGAAUACGGUAACGAGCUACGUACUGCUGCUUUUGGUUGCCAGAAUAAAAUGGAAGAAGAAAUCUUAUUUGCCACUAAAGAUCUGAAACGUGUAUUCAGACAAACCAAUGAUUACUAUAUUGCAUGUAUCAACAAUGGAACUAUGAAGCUUGGGUUUGCAGUUGCCAAAGGUGAAAGGAAGGUGUUUGAACCUGGGAACAUUGAUUACAGAAGAAUACAAAUGGGCUGGUUUGAAGGGAAAUACUAUAGAAUACAUCCAAACUGGAGGUAUUGUUUGUUGAACGAUAGCGAUAGUGGAAUGACAGCGGAACAAGCAUUUAUAGUUUAUAUCAAACAGAUGAUAACUACCGGUAGAUUACCAGAAUUGUGUCAACAACGGAAACCUCUAGUUGAUAAACUAAUUUUUGACACAACAAGGACGCAAAGCUUGUGGGAUAAAUGGAAAGCCAAUCAGCGAACUUUGAAAAAGCCUAUAAAUCUUAUAUUUUUCGCUACGUCAUCUGGUAUGAUUCGUUUUUGGGAUAGAAUCCCGGAGAAGUAUACGGAUGAAGACCCGAACUGGAAAAAGAAACCAAAGAAGGUUCCCGGUAGUAAUAUUACAACGAUUAAGGAAGAUAAAGCAAAGCACAAGGGACAGCGGAAGAAAUAUCUACAUUUUAUAACGGAAUUAAACAAUCGGUCUGUUGAUGACGAAUAUUUCAUCAGGUCUAUACGGCUGAAGGAACGCAUCGUAUUUGAUCUCAACAAGCAAUCAAAUUUGUGGAGCAAACCAAAGGGUGAAGUAUCACAAUUGGUGGUAGCAACGAAGGCGUUGUAUAAAUCAAACGGCGGUGCUUUAUUAGGGGUUGCGGGUAUUGAAUUUCCAAUGGACUAUUUUGCGGAACUGUUCAAUCGUAUUGCUUGCAACAGUGAAGAUGCAGAAACGGAAACAAUUUGGUGCUAUUUGUUAGAUGAACACGGCUAUAUUUUCUACAGUAACAGGAAAUUAUCUCGAUUUACCAAUGCUAACGGUGACAAUGAACGAUCAGAAUUCGGUGAAUGGUUCGGUAACGCAACAGCAUUAACAGAAAAAACAAUGACACUUCUGUUAAAGAAUAAGUUUUAUACUAAUGUCACUUAUGUGGAUUAUCAGGCGGUAUGUAAUCGUGAAGAAAUUGGGCAAAUAACUGCUGCUGGGAUUCGGCCUGUACUAACAAUAAUUAAAACAUUUAUAUUACUUCUUUAUCGGUUAUGGAGGAUGAUAUGUGACCUUGCAACACUUCAUUUUAUUGAAAGUUUGGUGCUGGCUCCAGUUAAAGCUUAUACACCAACUUUUCGAGACAAUAAUGGUGGAUACGCAUGUGAUAAAGCUUCAAAAUUUUAUUUGGCCAAUUUUGGUAUUUCUGGUUGGUCGGCCCCAACAUCGCCUCCACAAACAGCUUCACUUAGUGGGACCGACAGCAAAGUCAGGACGUGUGACAGCGGUAACUGUGAUGUACGAGGAUUCAUGUCUAUUUGGCUUUUUGUUGCUUCUCCAUCUUCAUUUUUAUUAAUCAAGGUCCAUGAUGCUUCUGACAAAAGUUUCAAUUCUUCGAUGGAUGAUGAUGGUAGGGUCUGUCGGCACGUAUAUGCAAAAGAACGACGGCCAGUAACAAAGUGUGCCUAUCUUGACAUGAAUGAAACAGGUUAUCCAUGUUCAUACGGUUUGCGGGUUCCAGUAUCCUUUACGGUUUACCUCGUAUCGCUGGUAUUUAUUGUAUUUUCAAGUGGUAUUCUGUAA